AAUAGAGGUCAUGGCCGUCGGCCAUCGUAUUUGAGUAUGUAUAGUACUAUGACAUCGCACGCACAGAUCAAUAACAAUCAUGGUAGUACAGUUGUGUGGCUAAUCUGAGGUGACCUCCAUGGAGUAGCAGAAGGAAUUGAAACAAAUUGACUAAUUGUCAAAAUCAAUAUGGGCGUAUUUUUAUUAGGUGGUAGUGAAGAUUUGAUGAAAACAUGAAGCUGGUGGUCCAUAAUAAGUCCUUCAGUGAGGAUGAAUUAAUUAUCAUCCCAAAAGAGUUCCCAAAUGUCAAAAUCGGAGAUGUUCUGGAAAUAUUCAACCCAGAGGAACCAAAGACUAAUAGAUUACUUUUGCAAGUACGCUCAUUGAACGGAGAAUUGCUUCAAAAGCAGAAAGAUAUCGUGAGCAUUGAACAGAACUUAGUGAAGGCAUUCCAGUUGAGGGCGUACCAAGAUGUGGUGGUUAGGCCGGUGGCUGAUCCAGCAACCGUUGCUCUUGACUUGGUUGAGCUUGUAUUUAAAGAUCAAUAUAUUAGCAGAAGUGAUAUGUGGAGACUCAAAAAGCACUUGCUUGGCAGUUGCUUGUACCUAACUCAGAAAAUUGAGUUCUCAAUGAUUGGUGCACAGGUCAACGAACUUUGGGCCGUUGGUGAGAGGGUACGCUGUGGGGUUGUGGCUGCCAAUACAAAGGUAGCGUUCCGUUCAGCGACUGCGAUGGUGUUCCUGUUUAUUCAAAUGAGUCGCGAGAUGUGGGAGUUUGACAAAUGGGGUGAGUCAUAUAAUGAGCCAUUUCAAGCAAUUUAUGAAAUUAUAUUUGGGUUUUCAGGAGAGUUUCCAGAGUGUAUGAAGGAAUGUCUUUCAGUGAACAGCAGAGGAAGGAUAUAUGAGGACUUCUAUCGGGUGAUAGUUCAAAAUGAAAGACACAGUGAAUGGACACCACUUCUUGUAACAUUGAAAAAAGCAAUGUUGGAAUAUCCAAAAUAUGCAAAGCAUAAGGAAAUGGAAGAUGGUUGUUGGCCGUCUGGUGUCAACUCAACUGCAGCGGAGGGUAACAUGCUAGAAGCUAUGAACAUGUCCUUUAGCGUAUUUGAUAACCAUUAUUCAAACCGAAAUUUUGAGAGGACUGGGCAGGUAGUUGUCAUAGUAACACCUGGGGCAGGUGUCUUUGAGGUUGACCGUCAACUUUGUGAAAUUUCACAAGCAAGAAUGAUUGAUUACGGUAUUGGUAGUGAUCUAGUUUGCCUGGCUGAGCAACCUUUGCAUGCUGUUCCAUUAUUGAAGUUUUCCGAUAUUGAUUCUCGUCACAAUAAGAGUUAUUCCGAUACGUUCCACAUUCCUCACUGGAUUAACUACAGCUUUUAUAUUUCCAAGAGUAAAAAACGCUAUGGCAACAGAUUUGCUCCAAGGAUUCUAAUGCCAAACAGGAUCACUAAAAGUUUUCAGAAGACACAAAGCAAGUAUGACCUACCUCAGUACCUUGGCUUACCCAAAGAAAUAAUUGAAGACGAUGAUGGGAACUUUGACCUUUAUGAAGAGUAUGAUAGUAAUGUGUUUUCGGUGAAGAAGAAACGACAUUGCAGCGCUUCCAUGAACCCUUUCUCACCUGCCACAUUGACGACAAAGCUCACACCAGAUCGACGCAGAUGGACUCAUGUUUAUCCCCAUGGUCCAUCUGGCGAAGUGAUACAGUUCCAACAUCAGGCAAGCAAUGCUUCUCCAUUACACGCAUUUCGUCGACGGACAACCACCCAGACUUGUGAUGAUGGAUACUCACAGCGCACCACAUCCAGUGAAUCCCUGUACACUGCAGAAGACAGUGAAAGUGAUGAGUAUGACUCUCAAGCUCUUCAUGAUCGUAUUGAUCCAAAACGACGUAUUGGAUGUGGAUGGGGAGUCACCGGGGAACAGGCUUUAACCCCCUUCACACUAACAGGUCUUGAUCGAAAAUCCCUCACAAUCACUGCUUGUUUUCCAAUCACAACCGAUUUCUUUCCGGACAAGUGUACCCUAGAAUCAGAGUAUUGCGAAGGCAAUUACUGUAUAGCAGUAGAUGACACCACGUCUAUGCACAAGAUGAAUACAGAAGCAGUGUUUAAGGAGCUUGUCUCGCAGAGGCUAAUACAGGAUUUUCAGCUGGUUAUUUCACCUGAUGGAGCUGGGGAUUUGCUAUCUUUGUCUGGAACCAGAAAUUCACUUGUUACAAAUGAAAAGAAAAAUCAGUAUGUAUUGAGUUAUGGAAGUACUUUCCACAGUAUCACACUAAGUCAAGAUGGCAGUAUAGAUGUGGUCAGAUAUGUCCCCAGGAAACGGCAAAAGCUACCCGAGCUUGUGUACAAGUACCAUUUGUGGCAUCCUGGCAGAGACUGCUUCCUCUUAACCAAUAUGAAAGUGAGGCACAAACCAGUAGAGAAUAAUGAGUGGAACCAUAGAGAUAGCUAUGUUGCCUGUCGAGGAACCCAAACAUCAGAUUUUGAACUUAAAGAGUCUUUAAAGUUUUGGCGGAGUCGAUUCCUUCUGCUUCCAUCACCUGUUGCAUACAUCAAGAAGCUUUCCAACAGCUCCAACAAAUUUGAUGUUUUUGAGAAGUUAAAGGAGAACCAAUGUCAGCAGCUCUUAGAGGGAUUCAUAAGGUUCAUUGAAGGUCUCAAUCGCAUAAGGCGUCCUCAAAGAUCAGGACGUUCAACGAGAAUACAUUCCAAAGAAUAUCUGACAUCACCACUGUCACCAUUGGGAAAUAAGUGUCAAAAGGUAAUGUCCAGGAACAGCUCAUAUUCAGCCAUUCAAGAUGCAGAGGUAGUAGAAGCCUCACAUGGAACGUCUAAGCAGAAUUCACGCCAGAACUCUCCCACGAGGUUAGGCCCACAAUUCGAUACUAAGAAACUGUCUUCUAAAGGGAGUGGUUCUGGUUCAAACACACCAACGAGCCCUCAUCCAUCAGCUUCAACUGAGCAGUUUUCUCAUAUGGUAAUUAAUGCUAUUGAACAUGUAGCACAUCAGAGAAGAGAUAAUGCAACAUUGAACUCAACAGAUAAAGAACUGAUCACCUUAAACUCAUCAAAUGAUAGGAUUAUUAUGGCCAUGAAGUACGGGAGAGAUAAAAUGAAUUUCUUGCCCGAUUCCAAGAGACAACCUUGUUAUAGUUUUAUUGCGGCGGAAGCAGUGUCCUGGCUCAUGAGCGCAUUAGAGGAUGGGCCAUCAUUCUACAAGGCCAUGAAUAAGAUGCAGAGUUUUCUUGAUGAUGGGAUAAUUUCCAGCAUUUCUGGAUCAGAAAUGAAAUGUUUUAAAUAUGGAUUCUAUAUUUACUAUUUCAACCAAGAUGAGGACAAGAAUGAGAAUGUAUUGAAGUUGCCAUGGAGACGGAAAUUAUCUGAACCUCUUGGGAUUGGUCAGCAUGAACGCAAUUGGUUUGAAGUUUCAUUUGAAGAACAGAAAUGGUGUAACAAGAAUGAGGAGCUGGGAGAGGGGGGCCCAUCUUGUGAUGAUGAUUGUUGGACACCAACGUAUAAGAAUAUAACUCAGUCGAUAGACAAUAUUGGGAAUGACAGGUUAGAAUGGUAUCAUGUUGGUUACCAUAGCAAAUACUGCCCAUCACAAGCAUUUGAGAUUGAACUUCAGUGGUUAGUGUGCACCCCAAGCUUACUCAACUACCAGGUGAAAGAAUGGGCUCGUAGGGCAUCUUCCAUUGGCUUCCAUCUGGUUCCUAUUCUACUGGAUCCCUUUGGAUUGGAUACGGACAAUAAAGACCCUCUUCUUUCUCCCAUAUUUAUCAAGCUUCAUACAAAUGCUUUGUCACCAUCCAAAAACAGUCAUUCACAAAGAAGUACUGGUCAAAAUGGCCAUGUUGACAAAGCUAGUGGUCACCUUGAGGAAGCCAAUGGGCAUAAUGGCCAUCUUGAUCAAACUGACCCACACGAGAAGAUGAAGCAAUUCCAACAUCUCAUACUUGAAAAAUUUGGGUUUAUAGCCGAUAUUACAACGAUCAGAAGUCCGUUGACCAACAACACCGGUAAUGAUCCUUACUCUCUUAAGAUCCACCAGCAGUACGUUCACGUUACUGGGAUAGCUGUUAUCAUAACGUCACCAUACACUCAAGAAUGCCUGGUCAAUAAAAAUACUAACAGCAGUAAUAAUAAAACCAAACUUAGAAGACAUAGUAAACCUGAUCAGAUGAUGGACUUUGUUCACACGCAGACUGAACUUGGGUUCAUGUGGGUGACCAAUCACACGCUUACGAAACGCUGGAGGUCAACCAGUAUAACUGAUGAUAAAUUUGCUGAUCACCUAUUGGCUGAUCUGAAGUCAUUCUGUGCGAAUCAAAACAAUCGUCUCACAGAUUUUUGGAAUGAGAUAGAGGAGAUGGCCUGCAAUAAUAAUGCUUAAAAUUCCUUUCAAACAAAGAUAAUAUUGAAUAUUAUUUUAAGAUUAUCUAUAAUCUAUUUAAGGUCAAUUUUUUUUAUUUAAAACAAUCCAAAUUUAACCAAGAUCAUGAAAGCUUAAUUGCAAUAAAAGUAACGAUUAUAUAUAGUAUCAUGUAAAUGAAUAUUAUAUGGAUAUUGUCUCAUAAUAUGGCAUUCUGUGGUUUUUAAAAUCAUGGUGAUAAAUUUACGCACAAAUUUCUAAAAAAUACCCCAGGUGAUACAAAGGUUUAAAAAGUGUUAUUUACAAGAUAUAUUUGGUUAGGUUCUUUUAAGAUGCAUCUGGUUUUAAAUCAUGUAUAUAUGUGCUUGGAUGUACAUUUCUAUAACAAAGACUUAAUCUAAUAAAUAAUCAAUAAUAUUUAUUAAAUAUUUCUAUUUUCAUACUGGCCUAUUAUAUUCAAAGUGUGCCCAAUCUUUUUUUUUUUUUUUUGUUAAUUUACCAUAUACAAGUAAUGCACAAAAUUAAUUUGAUUUAGAAUGUAAAAUAGAAUUGAUUGCUUGAAGUGACUGAUAAAUAUUUUCAUUUCUUAAUAUAUUUAUACUGUUUUCCCCCAAAGAUAAAUUGGUCAGGGGAAGGUGGGGGUAAAACUAAGAGUGUUUAAGGAAAUGACAGUGUUUAGUCAGUUCUAUUUGUAAGUACAGUAUGUUAUUAAGAACUUUUAUUUCUGUGUUAUUUUUCUCAAUUUAUUUUUGUUUUGCUUACAUUUGUGUAUUUUUGUCUUAUUACCAUUCCAGAUUAUGUUAUCAUUGUUUUACAUUCAUUAAUAUAAAUAAGUUGGUUUUAUUAUUUAAGUAGACAAAGUACUAAUUUAUUUGUGUAAUAUGUUAGCUCUGGCAAUAAUGAUUGUAUGUAGUGUGACAGCAGGGACAUAUUAUUGUACACCUGUUUAGCAGGGGUUGAAAUCCGCCGUAUGAAGAAACAGCCUCUUUAACCGAUGAUGUGGUGAGGAUAGAAAAAUAUAAACUUUCCUUACUAUUCCUACUGUCUGAAAAGAUAGAUUUCAAAUGGGUCGAUGUAAGUAUAUUUUUCUGUAAUGAUUACUCAAACUAAUUUCUUUUAAUUCGUAACAUUACUUUUACAAUCCUUAUAUGAAAGAAAUUGGCAAAGUAUAUAGCGUUGUUUUUACAGGGCACAGGUUUGGAAUGUUCCAUUAUGUUUUCACAGAGAAAAUAAGCAAUAUUCUGUUUAUUCAUGUAUCUCACUCAUUAUCAUCGCUACUGAUUUGUGCAGGCUAUGUUCAGAUGCAGGGAUCAUGUCAUAUGCAAUUUUCAGUAAUCUCAGUGUACAUAUAUUUAAGGGUCAUCCAUGUAGAGAUUGCCAUAUGCUUGCACCAAAAUUCAUGCACUGUGAUUUAGAGUCAUGCAUGAAAGGAUUAAUGAUCAUGGGUAUUUUUUGUACUUGCCAUAUGUGUGCCACUUUCUAGUAGUAAUGUUUGUUGUCCUUCACACCUUUCAAAAAGUGUCUUCCAUCCAUCAGUGCAAAUUUACUGCCUUUUUGAUGUUUUUAUGUAAUAUUGAUUUUUACAUGUCCAUACAAUUAUAUAUAAAUGUGUUUUAACAUGUACAUCAUAUAUGGAAUUUGUUCCAAGAAACUUUAUAUAUGAAAACUUGUUUCAAACAUCUGCAUAUAUGAAAUUGGUUUCACACAUCUACAUAUAUGAAAUUUGUUUAAACAGCUACAUAUAUGAAAUUUGAUUAUAUAGUUUUUUUUCCAAACAUCCACAUGUAUGUGGAAUUUGUUUCAAACAUAUAUGAACAUGUUUUUCAAAUGCAACAUGUGUGGUUUCAAAUGUAAAUUGAAUUUGCUUUUAAAAUCUACACAUAUUAAAUUUGUAUAAAGCUCCCACAAACAUUUGAUUUAAUUGUUUUAAUCACUUGGAAAUGGAGGGUUUAAUUAUGCGUAACUUGCCCACUUGAAGCUUACUUGCCUUCAGUUUAAAGAUAUACCGUCUUUUAAGCCGGGAACUCACUGAAUAAGUAGAACGCAGAGCUACGACGCGCACAACGGAUCGUUUUUGAUGAGACGAUCCAUUCAGACUGCAGCCGACAAUUAGCAGACGGUGUCGCGUCAUCUGGCGCUCACAGGGAGCUGAGUUGAAUUUGUCGUAUGACCAUGCAACACAGUGAGUGCCUGGCUUUAUGUCCAAACAAAAUUUAUAAAUAAAUUUUGAAUUGCUAUCUUCACAAUCUACGUUCAGACCCGCGAGAUACAAGAUACACCAGGCAGCAUGUUAAUCCAAGGCAUUUCUAGCGAGAUGUCCAGACUGGCGAAUAAAUAACGCUAGCGUAAGUAUUCGCGCAAAAUAUUCGUAUUCGUCAUUUUAUAUUUGCACAUUUUAUUUCCUGUUUACAUCUAGGCCUAGGCUUAUUACAUGUGAUUGGUCAAAUCCUGGCCGAGUUCAAAAGCAUUGAUGCACGACCGCCGUAAGUCUGUGGCGUACGCUAACCUGGGGUAUGUUGGUGGAUUAUUGUACGCCAGUGAUUGCGCGUUAAUACUGGCGUUCGCACAAGUUCACACCACUCAAUUAACGUUACGCUAGCGCAAGUCGUCGUGUGUGAACAUAGCCUUAAGCUCUGUUCACACUCAAAUUUUAUGUGACAAAUUUUGUUGAUGUGCCCAUAUAUGGGCAUGGUGAUAUAUGGGCAUAUCACAUUUUUUGUCACAUAAAAUUUGGAAGUGUGAAUAGGCCAUUUUAAUCCUUGCAUGAGAUCUUUAAAUUAUAUAUGGUAUUCAAUGGAUUUUUGUGAUACAAAUUGUAAAUCCGUGAAAAUAGCUGUUUUCAAUUAAUCGUCUGUGAUCAUAAAUGAACAAUGCAAUGUUUCACUGAAUUUUUUCCCCAGUGUUUUUUUUUUGUUUUUGUUUGUUUGUAUCAUAGACGGUAUAUCUUUAAAAGGUUUAAAUUGUAUUAUAGGCGUCUCGAAUAUGCAUUACGUAUGCAAGUAAUUCAUGUUUUGUAUGUUAAUAAUAGGUUGAACAAUGUGGUUAUAUAGAUAUUAGUAAAUUUGCUGGUAAUCGUACUGUAGUUUAUAAUGAGUAAGAGAAGUUUCAAUUUCGUGGUAGUUUAUUUAUACUUUACUUGUAAUUUUUUCGAUCAGUUCAUAAAAUCUUAACAUAAUAAAUACUAUUUUACUAAUUUAUUAUUUAAUUGUAUAUAUGAUGUAUUUACACAGUAGAUAAUGUACAUACACUCAAUUUUGUAUUCAAGAAAAAAUAAAUAAAAAAACAACGAUUAUUACUACAAUAACUACGCCUAUUGUUUACAGAAGUGUUUCUUAUUAACAAAUAACAUUUUCCUACAGUUUCAGUUUGUCAUUAAAAUUGAUACUUUUGAAA